AUGUGCGGUGUAACGUCAGAGCAGGUGUCUUCUGGUCGUCCCGGUGCGUCCCUUCUAGCGCGCAGCCAUGACCAGCAGCGGCGGCGAGGUGCGCCAGAUCGUAGUAUCCGUGCCGAGCGAGUGCUGCUCGGACCACCGGAACGGGCACUCGAUGCCCCCGCUACGAGAUCAUCAGCGUACGGGAAAGGCACGGACGCUUCCGCAAGGCGGUGCCCCCUGCUGCCGGUGCCAGUGGCUGUGGUCCUCUGCGUCCUCAACGUCAUCCUGCCCGGAAUCGGGACGCUGCUGACGACGGUGGCGGCGCUGUGCGGCUGUCGCACGGAGCACGGGAGCAGGUGGCGGGCCGCGGGCUACAACCUGCUGGCAGCCCUGCUGCAGACGCUGACGGCGCCCUUCGUCGUCGGCUGGGUCUGGAGCAUCAUGUGGGGCAUCACCUUCGUCAACGUCUCCGUGAACAAGGACCUGCAGGAAGUGAUGCAUUUGUAGCAGAGCAACGCCUCCAGAAUGGGUCCUCCUCCGCAGUACACCAUGUGAUGGACAUAUGACGUGGGUGUCCUCCCCAAAGGCACGCGGCCUGCCGCGUGUCGCAUGGGUGCCUUCCGGGUGGCAGGAGUGCCUGCGGUGUACAUCUUCUCAAGCUCACCUAUGAUCGACAGAAACCGGGUCCCACUGAGCGAACUUUCAACGAACCGCGUACUCGGAAACAUAUCAGGAAGUCCGUGAUCGCAGACUCUGCGAGGUGUCCACACUCUCAGAAGUCACCCCGCGUGCGUACUUAUCUACGCCAGCCAGAAUUAUCGAAGCUUCUUUGCGCCUCCAUAGAAUUCCAUCGCAGUAUAGAAUGGCGCCAACUCAACAACUGGGCCUUAUCCUGACACACCGAACGUCCCUCGGGGCACUGGUGGAACGACGAGGCCACAACCAAACGCUUACACGACGCUCGUGUCCAGUUGGAGUCUGCCCUUGAUCUAACUGUGAUGACAUUCAGAAUUCUAUAGUGCACGGCUUUUGAUUUUUCGAGAUGGCGUUUAUGCUGCCCCGAGAAGCACUCUGAACAUCAAUCUGGUAACUCUUUAAUCAGUUCAGCUACAAAACGUCAGAGCUUCGCGAUCCGAUUCUCAUGUCAUCUCGGGGACAAAAAUGCAGUCGAUCAUGGAGUCCAAGGAUGAUGCUGAUUGCGCCUCUCGGUGGUUCAAAUUAAUCAAUAAAUACUUAUGGUUGUUGUUAAGUGUGCAUCUUAGUGCAGUAUGAACUGUCGGACUUCUGAGACUGUUCGUCAGCAACCGGCUAUAAACAACCGCGUCUACGGGACAGGUGAUAACACUGAAUAGCGACCGCGGAUGGGCUGGUUGUUCUUUGUCGUGCCUACGAGAAAGGCUCGAUGAGCAUCUCUUCCAUAGUAAGACGUUACGAAUGCACCACCAAAAAACAGAAAAAAACACCAAUUUUGUUUGGUGGCGACUAUGGACGUGUGUCCAUCGUGGAACAGACGUUUUGGAGCACUCUUGAGGACAGCUGCAAUGCUUUCAUAACAAAGGAAGUCACUGGGUAGACUGAAGGGUACGGUCAAAACGUUCAUCCUGAGCGGGACAACGUUUCUCACUUGACGUUGGAGUCGAUGCAUACUUUUACGAACCGCGAGGUAGCUGGAAAUCUAUAAUAAUAAGGUGCCUCGAUCGGCGCUAUUUUUUCUGGUCCUUGUUCUGCUGUUCAGGACGGAAACACUGAAUUGAUGAGCCGGGCCUGGCCGGGACAUGUGCAGUGCCCCGAGACCUAAAGGAGCUUUUGCGGUGAACCGCCACAUAACUGGUAUUUCGUCUGCACGUUAAAACCAACGGCACUCUAAAUUAAUCUUCAGUCCUUUACAGCGGUAUGCUCCAUACCCUUCAUUGGUUUAGCUUUUAGGUCCGUAGCAAAAUUUCGAUCACCUAAGUAGCAACAGAGGCUUCUGGAGCACAGAAAAGAAACAUUAUAAGGCAACAUAUCACAAAAUCGCUUACCCCUUUCCAAACGUCCCUACCAGCUUCCAAUACCUUCCUUGUACACUGAAUACAUUGAUUGUGCAGAGCGUGAUCUUUGCGUGAACGUAUAUUCACCAACUCAUGCUUCUGACAUCACGCCAUCGACGCGUGUGAAAAUGCUUUGCUCUUCUCAAAGCAGCGCACCUGCUCUUCUUCUGGGCAAACACGCCCGUUGUGAGUCGGUCAAGAGGAUUCAACUCGCACAUCAAAUAGCAUCGCGCCUUCACCUUGGUACACACUUACAGAAGGGAAGAGGUUUCAGAACGUCGCAGAAGUUAUUUAUUCGGAGUUCCGUCGGUCAAAAGCCUUAAUAAAAGAUAUUCUAUGCUUCAAGGAUACGACAACACAUUGGUGGCGUACACUCUCCAGUCGCAGGCCUGUCUUCAUCUUUGCGGAUUGCCUUGCCUCAAAGGGUAAGAUUCAAUGUACAGAGAAACGCACAGGACUAGCAUAGUUACAUCGACAAUCAUCCUUGUCUCAACGCGCGAGACACAUGUCAGGAGCGAGUUGAAAACACAGCAUGGCGUCUUGCAUAGCUUCAGUCAAUGCUGC